CACUGCACGCUCCCGCACUCGCCUCUCUGCCGCCUUCUUCUGGCGCACAGGAGUCUAACUCCCGGCUCCGAGUGUUACCCGUUCAGGGACAAAUCGGUUCGGGGGGGCUUUAGGAAAACGUCUUCGGUGAAUUGUUUUUCGCGGUACCGUGAGCGAAGACCUCAGUAGCGUGUCCAGAGUCAGACCGUCAGUCAGUGACGUUGACCCAGCAGUAACGGUAGCGGUGUUUGACGAGCGGAUGGUCUCCCGCCUGCGGUCCCCCCCAGCGUCUGCCACAAUGAGCGAAUACUUCAGCCUGUCGGACAGCGACGUUAUCGGCUUCGACCUGGACCACACGCUGUGCCGCUACCGCCUGAAGGAGACCUCCAGGCUGAUCUAUGAGAGUUUUGCCAGGUAUCUGGUGGAGCAUAAAGGCUAUGACAAGGACCUGCUGAACCUAACCCCUGCUACCUGGGAUUUCUGUUUUAAAGGACUAGUAGUGGAUCUGGAGGAUGGAAACCUUGUGAAGCUGGCUGAAGAUGGAACUGUCUUGCGAGCGACCCAUGGAAGCAUUGACCUCAGCACAGAAGACAUCAUCAAACAUUAUGGUCCAAAAAGGGAGUGGAAGCACUUCAACAGCCUCAAUACUUCUUUCACAAGAUCUGCAAAAUAUUAUUUCUAUGACAACUACUUUGAUUUGCCUGGGGCUCUCCUCUGUGGAAGAGUUGUGGACAUGUUGCAUAAGCGAGGAAAUGAGGUGAAUUCCGACUUUUGGAAAGACAUGGUUGCUGCCAUCGACCACAAUUACAACACAUCUGCAUUCAAAGAGGAUGCAGGGACGUACUUCCCCAGUGUGAAGAGGGACCCGGGCCGGUACCUGCAGCCCUGCUCCGACUCGGUCAAGACCUGGCUGCACAGCAUGAAGAGCGCCGGGAAGGUCCUCCUCCUCAUCACCAGCUCCCACAGCGACUACUGCAGGCUUAUCUGUGAACACAUCCUGGGGAAGGAUUUCGAAGAGCUAUUUGACGUCAUCAUCACAAAUGCCCUGAAGCCCGGUUUCUUCUCCUUGGUGCCCCAGCAGAGGCCCUUCAGGACCCUUGUGAACGACGUGGAGGAGAGCGAGGGGCUGCCGGCGCUGGACAAACCCGGCUGGUACUCCCAGGGCAACUGGCCACACCUCCACGAGCUGGUCAAGACCAUGACGGGCAAACCAGAGCCCAAGGUUGUGUAUUUUGGAGAUAGCAUGAGGUCAGACAUGUUCCCCGCCAGCACCUUUGGGAAGUGGGAGACGGUGAUGAUCGUGGAGGAAAUGGAGGGGGAGGGCGUCCCCAAGAGUGAUGCAGCAAUGUCCAAUGAGGCCCAAGUGGAGCCGCUGGAGAAAAAGGGAAAGUUUGAGGAGCAGGGCAUGAAGUCCCCCUCUGACGUGUCCAAGCAGUGGGGCUCCUACUUCGUGGACGUACAUGGAAGCGGAGGGGACGAGGAGAGCCAGAAAUUGACCUGGUGCUGCCACUGCAUUCACAAAUACAGCACCAUGGCCAUCCCCAGUGUGGAGCACAUAGCAGAUCUCCCUCUGGAUUACAAGUUCCCCAGGUUUUCUCCGGACAAGCCCUGCACCACAGGUUACUACCCCAGGCCCCCGGAUUCUUUGUUGAAGAGGUGCGAGAGUCUGUCGUAAAAAAAAGAGAGAGGGAAAAGUUUAAAAAAAAAGAAAGAAAAGUCCUCCCUUACCCCUCUGCCUCAGGAGAGGAAUGUGCCUCCAUUUUUGCCUGUAGUUUCCCACCUGACCCCGCCAGCGUUUUUAUGGAUCCAACUGCAGUUCUAGGCAAGACCCGCCCUCCGAAGCAGCCCGAUUGGUUGAGGUUAAGCCCAGUUCAGACCAAAGAUUCACGACGAGAGGAAACGGUUUUAGAAAGUCGCAGGGAAAAGUUUCAGCGGUCUGAACCGGCCCGUCUCAGCUCGACUCAGACCAGCUGAUGGCGUCGCUGCGACUCGGCUGGUGGCGUCUCCAGAGGCUGGUUUUACAACGUAAGAGACGUCUCCUGUUUCUACAGCCGACAGUCAUCUUAUUAAGUCAGCUACAAUAAAAUGAUCCAUAUUACUGUUAACCGACGCUCAAUGUGCGCCUGCGAGCACGUACGGUGGAGCGAGUUAGAGAGUGCCUGAAGAGAGGGAACGCCUCGGACACGUUACCAAAAGUUGCAAGUUUUAACUCGUCUCGUCAGUUUGGUCUGAACUGGGCUUAAGGCGUUGAGCUCGAGUAGUUAAGGUUAGGAUAGCCGAUUGGUCAGGGGAUAGGACCUGAACAAAUCGGUUUUGGUUACCUCGCGCGGACGCCUGGCCAAUCGUAGUGCGCGAAAGCUAUUGAAGGGGCGGGUCUAGCCCAGAACUGCAGUCGCAGAUCCAUAAUAACGCAACCCGUCGCCAUCUGUGGAGCACAGGACGCAGACACUCCUCACCCAUUCAGAGAAACCAUGUGAAUGUAAGCCACAGUAUCUCUCUGUAAUAACGCCUACAUUUGAACGUUGUUUUGUGGUUUAGUGUACCGUACACAAAAUAAGUGUGUGUGUGUGUGUGUGUGUGCGUGUCUGCAUACAGUAAUAAUAAGAAAUGUAGUGUUUUUAUUGUUUCAUGUGUGCGACCCUUAUUAUUUUCUAUGGUAGAUUGAUUCAAAUCUGAAUUCUUCAAACAUUUCCAAAAUAAAGUGAACAUUUUACUGUCUCUUCUUACCUCAACGUUAUCUACUGUACGCAGUACCCAGAUGGUCACAGUGUGUUUGUCCCUAAAGACCCUUUGCAGUCAUUGUGUCAGUAUUUCUGUACAACACUGUUGUUGUGAAGUCCUCUUUUUUUAAAUAUAGUUUUACUGUAUGCAUUUUAGUAACCUUAACAUUAGGUUUAAGGUCCACUGAUUCCCCUGUGUCAGUUUCGUAGAAGGUGUUACUCUUCAGGUCAUUGUUGCUAAAGAAGAGGCACUAUGGCGUCCUUUGUGUUGGCUGUCUCAAAAAACACAACUUUGCGAAACACCUAAUAAUAAUAAUAAUAAUAAUAAUAAUGGAUGAUGAAGACUAUGCUGGGUGUUCUCUGUAUUAUUUUUGUGCUCUUUGGGUGAUUGUGUAAAAACGUGGACUACUCGUGCUUCAUUCAUAUGCAGUACCAGAUUGAGAAAUGCUUUACCGACUUCUGAAUGGUUAUUUUGUCGGUGUGCAUAGACAAGCUGUGCCAUAAUAUUUAAGAAACUCUGUGAAAGUUUGCUUGUAUCUCUCACAUCACCAAAUAUUGAUUUCACAUUUAUUUCUGUUCAGGGAAGUGUUUAGCCUAGCUUAGCACUAAGACUGGACCACUGUUAGCCUCAGUCCAACAUGGAAAGAUACAACUUGCAACAGCUCUUAAAUGUUUCUUCUUGAUAGUACUUGCAAGUACUUUUCUGACCUAUUGCCGACCCUUGUUAACCAAUCAUUAGUCUUGCAUCGCCAGACCUACCUCCACAGCGCUGCCAAGGAAAGUCUGGCUAGUCCACAAAACGUGCCCUGGUUUAUUAGCAUUU